AUGACAACCACGACCUCCUUUCCUGUCCCAAUCCCAGAGACACCUCCGGCGACAGUGACGGUGACGAAGGAGGAACCAACGACGGUUACGGUCGCCGGACCGCAAAUAACUAUCACCGAAACCAUCACGGCCACAACGACAGUGACCCCGACUUCACCUGCAGGACCACCAAGCUCUGGUUUGGGUCCAGCGAAAGAAGUAUGGGUUGCCCCGAAGAACAUGACGAACCUCGACUCCUUUGGGAUAACAAAAUUCGCAGGAGGACAGCACAAUCUCAAGGUCGUAAGCAGUAUUGCCGCAGAAGCGAGCGUGGCUUCGUUCUUUGGUGAAUCGGCGGACAAGGAUGGGACGGCAGCCGAGAGGAAAGACGACAAGAGAGCAGCUAUGCAGCUCUUGUAUCCCGAAAAUUCGAUCAACCCCGCACAAGAGCCGAUGGGAGGAGCAGAAUUUUACGCAUCUCCAAUCGACAUUUCGGGUGCUCGGAACGUGACGCUAGGAUAUAGCGUCUUCUUCCCGAUAAACUUCGACUGGGUGCUUGCAGGGAAGCUUCCAGGCUUGUAUGGAGGCCAUACAGGGUGCUCUGGAGGAAAUGCAGCGCUAGAUUGCUUCAGCACGCGUUUGAUGUGGAGAGCACAUGGUGCGGGAGAACUAUACUUGUACGCACCCAAGGACAAGCAAACGGACGCCCUUUGCACAGCCCGAGGCUCCGUCUGCGACGCAGCUUACGGGUUGUCAAUCGGCCGUGGCUCCUUCACUUGGGCAGCAGGCGCCUGGACCACGAUCCACCAAACGGUAUACCUCAAUACUCCCGGAGAGAAAGACGGGGUUUUCACGCUUGAAGUCAACGGCAAGACCGUCAUCCAUCGAAAAGAUGUUUUUUAUCGGGAAGAUCUCAGCGGAAGUGGAGGAGGAAAGGAUGGGAAAACGAACAAACCGACACCGACACCCACCAAAACGACGAGACAUUCGAAGCCGACGUCGGCCACUUCAGACGAUGGCGGUUUGCUUGGGCCGAUUUUGGGCGGUCUGGUGGAUGGACUGCUUGACGGUGGUCGUCGAGAGGAAGUGCAGGACCUCGAAAAUCGCGAGCUUCGGCCAAGGCAGCAGGAAAGCCCGUCACUAAACAAGGAUGCAUCGGCGACCAGUGGAGACCCACGAAGCACAAUUGAACCAUCUCCUCAGCCAACAGUCGACGAAUCGCAACCGACAGAAACAGGCCUAUCGGUGUCGUCGGAUACCUUCGGUAUUCAGUCAGCGAAGCCUAAAGAGGUGAAGUUCGCCGGUAUCUUCUUCAGCACCUUCUUUGGAGGCCAUGAAGACAAGUACGCGACUCCGCGAGAUCAAUAUGUCUGGUUCAGAGAUUUCGCGUUAGCCCACAAUUUUUAA